AUGUUUGCCAAGCGGGCAACGGGUCCUAAACAGGAAAGCGAGAACAUCAAAAAACAAAAUAUUGGACAAGCCCGUGCGCCGUCCUCCUGCAGGAAGACUUUCAUCGGAGCGACCGCGGCACGAACCGAAUUCUCAGCCGCCCCCGAUCCAGCGUUCUUGUGGUACAUUAUGGCAUAUUACCGGUCUAAAGUACGCUCGCAGCCUACUCCACCUGGCCAUACUCGCUUCUACUAA